CCCAGACCGCAUGUGCGUCGUUCGAUAAGAGGGCACCGCUCACUGUCCUCAACCGAACCGACAUCCUCUCUCUGUAUAUCAGUGACGUCUUUGCUUGCUCAAAGACGUGAACGGUCGCUAGCAUGAAUGGUGACCUUAGUCUGUCGCGGGCACUCGGCGGCCUUCGGAUUGCCAACCCGGACGACUCCGACUCGCCCAGCCCCCCAAGAGAGGUCGUGACGAAUGCAGACAAUGGUCAAACAACACAGCAAGGCAUUAGCGGUGGAACUGAAGUGAACAGCGCUGACAAGAUCCCACGAAAUGACGAGCCUCAAUCGGUCGCUCGAGAAGUCCCCGUGCGACAACCUCACACGUACGAGUCGGCCGCCCUGAUCUUGAAGAACGCUCAGGAUAGCUUGAACGCUGCUCGGGGUCGCACAGGUUCAACUGGCCCCAGUGAUCCCAGUCCUGCAGCACAGUAUGGCGCAUACCGGCCAGCGAACGAGAGUCAACUUCCAGCCUCAGCGCCCUUGCCUGGUCAGAGUCGGAUGGUGGAGCACAACCCAGAAGGACGGCCAUAUGCAGGCCCCAGGAAUGAGGUAGCACGAUCCUCCAUGUACGGAGCGAGGAGCGACCCAACAAGGUUCGAUCAGCCGAAUGCAUCUCAAAUCCCAUCGCGUGACCCGAGCCGGGGGCAUCAAGCUGGGCGUCCCCACCCGGUCCAACAAGGAAACGGCCCCAAUGGCAUCCCUCCCCCGAGAAGGAGCUCUAAGGGAGUGGGUGGAGGGUAUGCACCAAUCCCUGGCAUUCCACAAGCGCCGCCCGGUAGUUAUGGGCCAGAAGCGCCGAUGCUCGCGAGCAGUGAAGAGUGGAAGGACCGGGGCGCGGCUGUCAGCGUGAGAAGGGAAGUCGACGCUGAAGGGAGGACCGUCAUAAGGUCGGUCAAGAAGGGUGUCCGAGACUUUUCGUUCGGGAAGGUGCUUGGUGAGGGCUCCUACAGCACUGUCUUUCUCGCCACAGACCGCCAGACCCUCCGCGAGUACGCCGUCAAGGUGCUCGACAAGAAGCAUAUCAUCAAGGAGAAAAAGAUAAAAUACGUCAAUAUCGAAAAAGACACCCUGAACAGACUCACGGAGCAUCCAGGCAUCGUCCGGCUUUACUACACAUUCCAGGACGAAUCCUCCCUGUAUUAUGUACUGGAUCUCUGCAACGGCGGGGAACUGCUGGGCGUCCUGAAGAAGACAGGGACUUUUGAUGUGGAGUGCACAAGGUUUUAUGGCGCUCAAAUCCUGGACGCUGUUGCGUACAUGCACUCGAGAGGUGUCAUUCACCGCGAUCUCAAGCCUGAGAAUGUACUCCUGGAUGACCAGAUGCACAUCAAAAUCACGGACUUUGGCACUGCCAAACUGUUGCCAGACCCUCGAGAGCCGAGACCCCCUGAAGAUGCAUCAGGCCACGGCAACUCGCGCGGGGACGAGCGGGCAGCGUCGUUUGUCGGCACCGCCGAGUACGUGAGCCCGGAGCUGCUCACGGACAAGGCCGCGGGGAAACCCAGUGACCUAUGGGCAUUCGGCUGCAUAAUAUACCAACUCCUCGCCGGCCGACCGCCCUUCAAAGCUCCCACGGAAUAUCUCACCUUCCAAAAGAUUGUCGGCUUGGAUUACGAGUUCCCCCCCGGUUUCCCCCCGGCUGCGCGGGAUCUUGUCGAGCGGUGUUUGGUGCUGGAUCCUGCCCGGCGUCUGACGGUGGAGCACGUCAAGAACCACGAGUUUUUUGACGGACAGCAGUUUGGCAGGGAGUUGUGGCGGAUGAAGGCACCGCGCCUACGGCCAUAUGUACCACCGGCACAGGAGCCUCACAUCAUCCAGCUGAACGGGGCGGGACCAAGCCCGCCAAAGCCGCCCACAUCCCGAGGGCAGCACACGCAGUCCAACGGCUCAAGACCUGCCAGGAUCAUCACCGAGCUGCCGCCGCCGACGCAGCUGGACAUCGAAUGGUCACCGGUCUUGACAAAGAACAACGAGAGGAUACUGAAGCUUGGUGACUUGAUGGUUAUCUCAUCCCCGAUCCCAAACAGCCCGCACGGACGGGGCGACGGCGACGGGCACAAGAAGCUUGCACGCUUUUUCGGCGGUAGCACAACGAAGAAGAGACAACGGCUUGUCAUGGUUACGUCUAGCGGACGUAUUCUGCUUGCCCCGGCUGGUGGCGAGGAGAAGCGGGCCAAGCAGGAAAUCUCGCUGCUGGCGCCGGACUGCGCGUGGAAGACCCAAAUAGAUGCCAAGGGGCAGACAGUCUUCUGCGUCGACGCGAACGGUGUACAUUACACUUUUGAAGAGCCCAAGUCGUCGCAAAACAGCGACGCCAAAUUCUCAGUGGACGAUUGGAUCGAGUCGCUGGAGCGGGCCAAGGACCUGGCCAUCUCGCAGAACCUGGUGGGUUCCUACAGCAGCGACAACGGAUUCGGCGACAUGUCCUCGUCCAUGUCUAGCCCGGCCAGUACCAUGGGAGGACGGGCAACCUUGGGCGAAGGUUACAGCAUCAGCGACAGGUCGGGUCGCAACCAGCUCACCAAGAGCCAAGCAAGCCUGGAGGACACGAGCGUGAAGCGCAACCGGUUUAGUAAACGACAGUCCAAGAACGGACUGGGGGCAGCUUUCUGAUUCAAUAUCGCCGCCAUCAUAAGAUUAUGCAUGCGG